CACAAACACGAACAACUCUACCUCUAAAAACCUCCAAACAAUGAGACUCUAUCUCCUUUUCCUCUCCCUCCUCCUACUUGCCCCGGCCUCGGCCCGGCACCCAGCCAUCCGCAGGCGGUCCCGGGCCAGGGCCUUCAUCGAGCUACAAUGCCAAACAACGCUAUACCCCGACCUAUGCACCCGCUACCUCUCAUGCCACGUGGCCAACCUCUCGACAACCCCAACUCACCAAAAACUCGCCCAAAUCGCACUCAAGGUAACCCUAGACCGGGCCGAGUCGACCAAAGCCUACGUGACCGAGGUGGCCAAGCAACAAGAGCUGAAGAAGGCGAAGCACUACCAAGAGAUCAAAGACUGCUUGGAUCAGAUCAACGACGGCGUGGCGCAGCUGUGGAAUUGCAUCAAGGAGACGGAGAUGAUAAAGGAAGAUGGGGUGAGCAGAGACUUCCCAUGGCAUGCUAGCAAUGUGAAGACAUGGAUGAGCGCUGCUCUGACAGAUGCAAACAUGUGUAUUUACGGGUUCUCGGGCCGGGCCAUACCCGGGAAGACGAAGGCGGUUAUUAAGGCUAGGGUUUUGAAUCUUGAGCAGAUGACUAGUGUUUCUUUGGCUUUGUUUAAUAGAUUUGCUGCGAGGUAUAAGUCCUCUAGUUCUUCUACUCAUGAUCAACCUUAAUUAGGUUUUUUUUAACCUUUUUCCUGUUAUUUGUUUUGUUGUGAGUAAUGUAAGGGAAAAAAAUAUACUAUAUGUGAAUAGAGUAUAUA